AUGGAUUUUAUCCAAGAAAUCCCUAGGAUUCAAGAAGCUCAAAAUGCUAAUAUUGAAAUAUUUGUUAUCAAUCCUGUUAUAAAUAACGAAAAUUUUCAACGGCAAGUUACAUAUGAAGUCAAAGGUCAAGAUAGUUUAGGACAGUUUGAAAGCUUAAGAAAAUAUUCUGAGUUCAUUACACUAACUCCUCCCCCAUCCUUGAUCGAACGUUUCGCCAUCGUUCGAUCAAGGAUGGGGUUUAAAACAAAAUUUUUUGGGAAAAAAUUUUAUAUAUAUAAAAAAAAAAUAUAUAUAGAUAUUUUUUUUUAUUUACUUUUAAAUAAGAGGGUUAAGAAUAUUUAAUAAUUAUUUUUACAGCAAAAAAUUGAAUUAAUUUCAUAAAAUACCAAUUUUUAAUAUUUUGAUUUAUUAAUUACCCCUUUUAAACUGUAUAAAAUUUUAAUUUAUUUUUUUUAAAAAAUCUCUAUUUUAUUAAAUUAUCGAGUUUUUAAGCCUAGGCUAAUGACUGAAUCACUUCAUACGAUUGAUUCCGAAGCUUUUUGUCGUCUCAAAGUCUCUGAAAACAACUUUAUUAUGUAUAUCUUCCCAAGCUUUUGAUAACUAAUAUAUUUUUAUAUUAUAAAAAUUUUCAUGAUAUGAAAAUCGUUCGAUCAAGGAUGGGGGUUAAUUUUUCCAAUUUUUAGGAAUUUUUACAGUCAAUCGUUCGAUCAAGGAUGGGGGGGAGUAAGAAACAUUUUAACACAAAAAUGACCUGGCCAUUAUAUUCCUCCUGUGCCUCCUAAAAAAUUAAUGGGAAGCUUUUCAUUAGAAUUCAUAGAAACUAGGAGAAAACACUUACUCCCCCUCUGUGAUGGAACAAAAAAAUUUUGUUCGCUCACGGAAGGGGUUACUAUUUUUUUCUAUGUUAAAAAAUUUUUGAGAAAUUUAAAAAUCCCAAUUUGCAAAAUUGGAAAGCAAAUAUUAAUUUAAUUUUUAAAUUUUGUGUUUUUAAAAUGCAAACUGUUUAAAAUUUAACAGAAUUAGCUAGAGAUUUCAUUUCUAAUUAUCACUUAUAUAUCAAAUUAUUUUUGAUAACAAAAUUUUAUAUUAAAAAAAUUUUUGUGGGCUCAUUGAGGAUUUGUUUUUACCCAAAAAAUAGUGAUUUUUUUCCAUAGGUUUUGUUUGCUCACGGAGGGGGAGUUAGAAUAUUUUUUGCAACAAUCUUCAAAGAUUAAUAUUUUUUAUACAACAGAAGAAUAUCAACUAUUUUUAAGAGGACCCGCAGAUUUUGAUAAACUCAUGAACCAAUUUAAAUAUACAAUCAGAGAUAUUUCAGAUAAAUAUAAACAAGUAUAUGAAGAAUGCACUAAAGUUUUUGUGACGACACAAAUGGCUGAUCAGAUUGCUGAAUAUGAAAACUUAUUUAAAGAAAAUCUCAAUAAAUUGCUUGAUUUUAAAAAUGUUGUUAAAGAAGUUCAUACAAAAUUUGAUUCUUUCCAAAAACAAUUUUGUUUAUUCAAUGCAAAAAUGACAAGUUUAGAAACCGAAUACAUAGGCGAAAUCACACCUUCUUAUAGCAAAAUUUACAGUCCAAUUGAAAAAAAUGAAAUAGAAAAUCCUUUUCACGAAAUUUACGAAUGAGUCAAAAUUGAAAUUUUAGAUCUUGAAGCCAUUUUAGAAACAAUUUCAAAAAAAUCCGAAAUCGAGAAUCAAAGAGCAAAGAUAGAAGAAAAAAUAAAAAAGGAGAAUGUCAAUUUGAAAGACCUCCAAGCUGGAAAAACAAAAUUUUUAAAUUUAUUAAAUUCAAAACCUAAAUCUGAUCAAGCUGCUGAGAUAGAAUCUACUAUAAGAGAAUUAGAAGCUGACAUUAUUGAUCAUUCUUGCAUACUCAGAAUUAUAGUUGUUCGGCUUUUUGAGACUGUUUUACCUGAAUUCAAAGUAAUGAAGUCAAAAGUGUAUAAAGACAUGAUGAAAACUUAUGGAAGAAUCUCCCUUCUUGCUUUCCAAAACUUCACAGAUUCAGCUAACUCCCCUUCGUGAGCGAAAAUAAAAUUGCUUACAGAGGGGUUAAUUUUAUUUAAAAAAAUUUAUAUCAUAGUAAAGUUUUUUUCGAAAUUUAAAAAAUCCCAAUUAGCAAAAAUUGGAAAGCAAAUAUAAUUUAAUUUGUUUUAAAAUGUAAGCUGUGUAAAUUAAGCAGAAUUAGCUCUAAAUUUCAUUAUAACAAUGAUCGCUUAUAUAUUAAAAAUUUUUUUGUUCGCUGGAUGGUGCAAAAAAUAGAGAUUUUUCAAUAGUUUUUUGUUCGCUCACGGAGGGUUGGAGUAAGCAAAUAAACUGGCAUUCUGAAGGUUAA